AUGGGCGUGGUCGGCCUUUGGGCCUGCCUCGAAGAGUACAGUAGUAACACGACGUUCCACCAUGGGGAGGUCGAGGAAGAACUCAGGGCAGCGAAGGAGCUAGACGGCAAAGUCGUCGCCAUCGACACUUCGAUAUGGGUAUAUCAUUCCGAGAGGCCUGAUCCUGGGUUCGUGAACACCAGCGGCCACUCUGGCGAACCAACCGCCAGCGUCGUCACGCUCGCGCGGCAACGCGUCGCGAACUGGCUGCGGUACGGCAUCACUCCCGUCGCGGUGCUCGAGGGAGCGGCGCCGCUGGAGAAGCUCGAGACGCUGAAUCGGCGCCGGGAGGCACGGGGCCUUCCCGUCAUCCCUCGCGACACGUGGGAGAGGGAAACGAGGCGGAUCAACGCGGGAGGGGCGCGCGCGGGGCGCAGCAACUUCGCGGACAAGCAGAGGCGCAUCGCGGACCUCUUCGAGGCCCUCGGACUCCCCGUGAUCAGGGCCCGUGGCGAGGCGGAGGCGACAUGCGCGGCGCUGUGCAAGCGCGGCUUCGUGGACGCUGUCGCGAGUCCGGACGCCGACGCGCUCCUGCAUGGCGCCCCGCGCGUGUAUCGCAAGUCCGACUUCAUGUUUGACGCGUCGUCGGCAAAAGUGAAGAACCGCGAAGUCAUGCUGCAGUACUUCGGGCUGCGCGAGAUCCGCCAGGUGUUCGGGCUCGUGUCCGGCGGCAGCGAGGCCGCGAUGGCGUUCUCGCUGCUCACCGGGACGGACUACGACAACAUGAAGGGCGUGCACGGCGUCGGCGAGAAGUCCGCGCUGCGGGCGAUCUCGCACCUCGCCGCGAUCCGCAAACAUAUCAACGCACCCGAGGAGCGCGGUGGAGCGGAGGAGGGGGGUGUUUACAAGGUAGAAGACGAAGGUCUGGUCGAUGACUUGAUGACGCUGAUCCGGGAAGUGAACUGCAUCAAGCGGGGCGACAAGCACGGCAGCGGGGUGCGGGGUGGGCAGGCGUGGCGGGAGUGGGCUCUGCAGGUGGCGCAGCUGGUGACGUGCACGGGCUGCUCGCGCUGCGGGCACGAGACGAGCGAGCGGGCGUGCGGGCCGCGCGGGCCGCGGCACAGCACGAAGCACCGGUGCGACCACUGCGUGCGCGCGGGGCUCGUGAUUCCGCGCGGCAAGGGCUGCGCGGACCGCCAGCACGCACGUUCGGAGUGCGAGUGCACAUGGCAUCGGCGGGAGCCGGACCGCAACCUAUACCACGUGGUCUGCGACGCCGCUGCCGGCGGGCUGACGCACGUGCACGCGAUGGAGGCCAGCGCCGCGGUGUAUCGGGAGCAGCAGAGGCUCGCGGGGCAGGCGAUCGACGAGGCAAAGGCCGCGGGGACGCUGCUGCUCGACGCGCGCGGCAGGCUGUGCUGGUACCGCGAGCCGUCGGUGCAGCGAAUGCAGGCUCUGCUGAGGAAGGUCGCGUCCGCGCAGGGCGACGUGGUGCUGCAGUGGUGUGCGGGGAUCUGCGCGGAGUUCUCGCUGCGGCUGCUGGCGCUGCGGCGAGGGGGAGUCGGAAAUACACCCCCGGUGGGCCUCCAUCCCGACGUCGAGGAACAGCCCGAGGACCUGCGCGUCCGGUUCGAGCCGAAGUGCGUCGUCAGGCCCGUGUUCCGCGGGCUGAAAGUGCGCAAGCUCGCAGCGCUGCCGGAACACCACAAGGAGCUCGUGUGGCGUUUCAUCGUCGAGUGGGACGUCCGCAUGGGCACGCACGUCAAGGGUAUGACGCGACAGGAUUUCGCGGAGUACGUCAAGCGGCAGCCAGUGCAGGAGACGCGCAUCUUUGCGCUACAACGGGCCUGUCCCGAGGCCCUCGAGCGCUGCUUGAGCGCCGAGGACAAACAGCGUCCCAAGGGCGGCAAGCAGGCAACGCUGGACGGGUUCAUUCUCCGGAGGAACCCGCAGGUCGCCGCACAGGCCAAGCCCCCACCGCGCCCCGGAGGAUUGUCGUUGGCGCGGGCCGGCGCCGCGGCGGCCCCGGCACAGGGCGUCCCCCCCGCGAGGCCAGCGAGCGCGCAAAGCCCGAUGCAGCGCAGGCUGAUGCAGCUGCACGCGGAGAUCUCGGGCAUGAACGUGCCUGUCGCGCGGACACAAGAGCCGAACGCAGCACCGAGCGACGGCGACGGGGAGGCCGACGCGCUGCCGCUGACGCCGUCUAAGCGGCGGCAGGGGUCGCGCAGGGCGUCGCAGGACGGCGGGUCCUCGGACGACGAUGUCCAGGUGAUCGUCACGCCGCGGGGCGCUGGUGGCGGGUGUACGCAGGGGACGUCGCCGGUGCCCGGCGGGGCGGGCGGAAGCGGAAAGAAGGCCACGCCGCGGAUGCAGGGGGAGCGGGCGGUGGGCCGGCCGAGUCCGCGGAAGGCACGGCGCCAGCUGAUCGUGGAGGACUCACCGGUGACGCCGGCGGGGCCUGGCGGGGCGCGAGAGGCGCAGGCGAUCGAUCUCACGGACAGCCUGCCGGACCAGCCCAGUUUCGACUGA